AUGAUGGAGAAACUUGCAGGGAGCUUACAAAGGCUCGCCAUCUCAUCCAGAAGUCUCCAUUACAAAGCCAACCACAAGAAAUACCCCAAGGUCAAUAUUAAAGAUGUUGUGAUGGAGAAGCCUAGAUACGGUUUCAGGAAAGAGAGACCACCUUUGCUUUCGCAGAGUGUCACGGAUACGUUAUUCCCAGCAUCAGAAAUCAAAAAGAAGUAUGUUGAGCAAGGCAAACCUGUGCCGAUCAAAUUCAAUGCCAAAAGUGACGAAAUCUCGAAGAGAAACUACGAAAAGUACAAAGAGGAAGUGGCUCUCGGGUUGCCUCACUUUAGAGUUGGCGAGAAAAAAGUUUAUUUCCCAAAGGCUAGAGUCUGCUUGUUGAGACCAAACGCAAAGCAUACACCAUACCAAGCAAAGUUCUUAGUUCCUAGGAAUUUUAACAAAAUGGACUUGAGAGACUAUUUAUGGCAUGUGUAUGGAUUGAGAGCAUUGAAUGUCACCGUUCAAUUAUUGCACGCCAAGUUCACCCGUGGUAUGGACGACCAUGCCCGUUACAGAGCGCCUCAAUACAAGAAAAUGACCAUAGAUAUGGAGGAGCCAUUUAUUUGGCCAGAAUUGCCGGAGUCUGUGGUGGAAAGUGCUCGUAAGUUCAGAGAGGAUCAAACAGAAGCAAUGGCAAUGUUGACUGCCCAGGGCUCCAACAAACACAAGCCUAGCGAGGCAUUUGACGGUUUAUAUAAGAAACCUGAAUUGCCUAACAUUUUUGUUUCAACCAACACCAAAAAAGCAUUGGGCGAAAAGGUGAAAGAACUCGAAGCCCAAAGAGAAGCCAAGGGCGAUCGUGCCAUGGUUGCUGACUUCUUAAACUUGUAA